UCUGCAGCACAUAUCGCAGUUUGUGAAAACGAUGUAGAAGAGAGAAGUGCAGGAGAGAGAGAGAGCUAAACGUCAGACGUGGGCGAAGCUUCGGAUCACAGUCACCGCCUGUCUUUAUUAAUGCGGAAACUGGACGAUUAAUCGGUUCAAGAACUCGUAUUAUUUAUUGUCAUCUCAUCUUCUGUCCUCUCUUCCUCCUCCUCUCCUCUCCUCUCCUCUCCUCCCCGCACCUGGUCCGCUCGUGUCAUCUCAGCGAUGCGAAGGCGGAAUAACUCUCCCUCCGAGGAGCGCGGAAGCUCGGUUACCGACAGGCUGCAGAACCGGGCGGCGGAUCUGAAGGAGAGGGGAGACCGGAAGACCGAGGCGGAGAAAGCCAUGGGACGGAAGUGCAGAAGGCGUGGAUUGAUGUCAAGGUUGAGGAGGAUCUUCCUCUGGGUUUUGGGGAUCUACAUUGCUAUUCCAUUCGUCAUCAAAAUCUGUCCUUCCAUCCAGGCCAAGUUGGUCUUUUUAAAUUUUGUGAGAGUGCCGUAUUUUAUUGAUCUUAAGAAGCCGCUUGAUCAAGGCCUGAACCACACACACAACUUCUACCUUCAGCCAGAGGAGGGGGUUCAUAUCGGAGUGUGGCACACAGUACCAGCCCUGCUGUGGAAGGAGGCGCAGGGAAAAGAAGGAAACUGGUACGAAAGCAAACUCCCGUCCUCUCACCCCGUCAUGCUCUAUCUGCAUGGCAAUGCAGGGACCAGGGGAGGAGACCACAGAGUGCAGCUCUAUAAGAUCCUUAGUUCAUUAGGCUACCAUGUAGUCACAUUUGAUUAUCGAGGAUGGGGGGAUUCAGAGGGCAGUCCUUCUGAGAGAGGGAUGACCCAGGAUGCUCUCUUCCUCUACCAGUGGCUGAAACAGAGGAUCGGUAACAAGUCGCUCUACAUCUGGGGCCACUCUCUGGGGACCGGAGUGGCCACUAACUUAGCCAGGCGUCUGUGUGACAGAGGAACACCACCUGACGCCGUUAUCCUGGAGUCACCUUUUACCAACAUCAGGGAGGAGGCCAAGAGCCACCCCUUCUCCAUGGUUUACAGGUACCUGCCAGGCUUCGACUGGUUCUUUUUGGACUCCAUCACUGCCAAUGACAUCCGAUUUCCCAGCGAUGAGAAUGUGAAUCAUAUCUCCUGCCCAGUCCUGAUCCUCCAUGCUGAAGACGAUCCUGUCGUCCCUUUCCACUUGGGGAAGAAACUGUACAAUAUCGCUGCUCAGUCCAAGAGCCUGAAUGGACACAAGGUGCAGUUUAUUCCGUUUCCCAGCACUCAGGGCUACAGGCACAAGUUCAUCUACCGCAGUCCCCAACUGCCUCACAUACUCAGUGAUUUUCUCAGCACCACUCAUCCACAUGUAUAACUGAAAGCUCUACCAGUUGUUUUCCCUCUUUUCCUCCCUCUCUCCCACUCUCUCUCUCUCUCUCACACACACACACACACACACACACACACACACACACACACACACACACACACACACACACACACACACACCCUGUGUAUUCCAUACUUCAUCAAAUCACCUGAAGAGCAGAGAGCCGCAUGCGAGCGGAGCUGAGGAAAGGCAGCUUGAGCACAACAUAUGCAAAGAAAUAUGCAAACCUGCACUGAACAAACCCUGGAGAUUUGUAAGAGUCGCACUGCACAGCAGCGUGGAAACCAGUCCGAGAGGACGGGAGGGAUUUUUUGACGAUGUCAUUCACCUCUGCAGCAGCUGCUACUCGACCGAAAUGAUCACAAGUGGAACUUGCUGGACCUUUUAUUCAUUUGGUGUGAACUUUAAUCAUGUACUAAUUAAAGUUGGGUUUUUUGAAUAGUUCUAAAAAUGGCCGUUUUUCAACAGAAUCACAGUGAUGCGUCGUUUAAAAAAAAAAAAUUAUUAAAUCAAACUCAUUCUCUUUCUGAUUGCUAGUAAUGACAAUUUAUAAAAGUUCAACUCUUUGAAUUUGUUUAUUUUAAACACAAGUGAUCUAGUUUAAGGUCACAACCAACUUUCAAUCUUACUUCCUUUCCUUCACUAUCGUUUCUGAUUAUAAUUAUCAAACAAACAUUUACUAAAAGUUUGAUCUUCAUUUCAACUCUUAAUGUACAAAUACAUAAAACGUAUUAUAUAACUGCAUUGAGAGAUGUACUGGGCAAAACAGACGUACGAGAACCUGCGCAAAUAUCUAAGCCAAUAAUAUUUAGCAAAACAUAUAUAGAUUUUUUUUUUUAUAUAUAUAUAUAUAUAUAUAUAUAUAUAUAUAUAUAUAUAUAUAUAAACACCUUUUGGGUCAAUUAUUGGGGAUUAUUUAAUCACGCGUUCCCAGGAGGACUCACUAAAAAUAUUAGAGUAGUGAUGCAUGGGAUAUUCUGUCCACAUUCACUGGAUAUGAGCAAUCACAUGCUCUGAUUGGCUACUCUGCUACUAGGAUAUCAGCUCAUAUACCAUGUAGAGAAAAACAAAAUGGCGGCGCAGGUUGCUGAACCAACAGAGGACAAAAAACAAAACCACCAAAAAAAAGUCAUGAAAGUACUUGGUGGUUUGUUUGUUUGUUUUUUCCUCCCAAGAAUUAUCGCAUUUUUCACAAAUUGCUCCUGUUGUUUUGCCGGUUUGUUUACAGUCUAAGCAGAAAUGAUUUUGUCAGAUGUUUUGUAUGAAGUUUUUUUAUUUAUUGAAUUUGCAAAAAAUAAAAAUGCUCCGUUUAUGGAAAUCCAAUGGACGUGGAUUGAAUAAAACAGUUAUUCCACUCACUCUCAUCGUACAUGGAUUAUAGACAACUCCGUGCUAGGUGACGAGGCGUGUAGCACCAUCAGCUCGUGUACGACUCAGUUUUGUGGAAUAAUUUAAUUAUUUGAGUAAUCCUGUGGUUUUAAAUUGGCAGUACACAGAUGUAUAGCAGGGCUGCGCUAUACAUACAUAAAUAACUACAAAUAAAAUGGUCCCUUGAUGGCUAUUAGGGUUUUUUUUUUUUUUUUUUUUUUUAUAAAACAGAGAAAAACCUGUGUUAAAUGUUUGUUCUUACAAACUGAUGUAUUUUAUGAGCUAGCUGUAAAGUGAAGCUUCUCCACCCAGGCGGAGAGCAAUACACUCACACGAGUUCAUUUAAUCACUCAGAGUCUCAUGGACUCAUGUGGAGCAAUAACAGGAGUUCAAGUUUAUCAGGACGGUCAUAUACGGAGUUUGGGUUUGAGCCAUAGGUCAACAAAGUGUUCUGAAUGUAGGAUCAUGGUGCGUGUGUGUGUGUGCGUGUGUGUGUGUGUGUUUACAAGUUGUAAAAGCAAUGAUGAGAAAAGCUGAUUGUACUGGAGAGAGUGUAAUCCAUGUAUCGGGAGGUUUUGGGGUUUAAAACUUCCUGAUUGAUUACAAUGAGCAAUGAUGUUGGUUUCUAAAAAGUAUUUAAUAUAAUGGCAGUGGAUCAUCAGGGGUUAGCGAACAUGCUAUCAUUCUAUAUUGAUGACUUCCUGUGAGCUUUAAUUUUGUUCAGCAGCGUUUGUGUUUUCUGUACAAGUUCAUAACAUUAACGACCUGCUUUAGAAAUUACUGAAGUUACAGAGCAACAUAGGCUCAAAGUAGAACAUGGACUGGACUGCGUGAAGUAUAUACGUGUGGAGAAGUGUGUGUGUGUCAGCUUUAGCAUUAAAAGCCUGAGUACUUUUUUUAUUUUCAGUGUCCCUUAGCCUAGAGCCGUGUCCUCUACACAUGACAUGUGCAUCCCAAAGUUGCUAUCCAUCAUCAUCAUCAUCAUCUAUUCUGUUAUUUCUUGCUAACAGCCUGAUUGGUGACUCACGACUGGAAACUAUAUACAAAUCACAAAAUAAACACAACCACUAGCUUCACUAACACAUCUAACAUUUUGCUUUAUUUUAUCCCACAAACGUGUGUGUGUGUGUUAAAUGUGAUGUAUUCUCACAGCACAUCACAGGAAUGCAGUCUCUUCCACAUCAGACUUUCAUACAAAUCAUCAAAAACUGUCAAGUCUUAAUGAAAUGGAUUUUAUGGAUUCUUUUAUGCACUCACGUUUCUCGGUGUCGGCUUAUGCAGUAGGACUCGAGCGUUUGGGAUGGGGCCUGUUUCUCCAUUUUAUUGUUUUUCUUCUCAAAGUGAGUGACCAAAGCCUUGAACACAUCCAUUUAUUUCUUUUCUAUUGGAUGCAUGUUAAUAAAACAGGACUGUGACACUUGGUUAAUACAAGGUCUGAAUAGAUUCUUUUAAUGUUUUUUUUUUCCUGUAAUUUGUAUGUAAGACUGAACAACUGAGCUCUGCUCAAAUCCCCUUCAGCUGCCUUUGUCAAAGACCAAAACACCUGAUAUGACCAUGCGUUCAGUCUGUUUUAAAUACUUUUAUGAAGUGUCUUACUUUUUUUUCCUGCAAAUCGUCAUGUGGUUUACAGUUUGUUUUGUUUUGUUUGUUUUAAAAGCUGCUAAACCUUACUGUACUACUGGACACAAACAUGACCGUACAGUCUGUUUGUACAUAAUAAAGGAUUGAACUCACAA